CGCGCAAGGGGCGCGCGGAGGCCGCUGGGCGAGCGGGCGGCGGGCGGGGCGAUGGCAGGGCUGGGGGGCACCGAGGGGCCCAGCCCCCGCAUGAGCGUGGCCUCCCAGUUCUUCAGCGAGGAGGAGUGCGGCAGCGACGGGAUGAGCACCUCCGAGAGGGUGGUGGAUCUCCUCAACCAGGCGGCUUUGAUCAGCAACGAUGGCAAGAUCAACAUCCUCAAGCAGGUGCAGGAGCUGAUCAUCAACAAGGACCCCACGCUGCUGGAUAACUUCUUGGAUGAGAUCAUCGCCUUCCAGGCUGACAAGUCCAUUGAGGUGCGGAAGUUCGUAGUGGGCUUCAUCGAGGAGGCCUGCAAACGGGACAUCGAGCUGCUGCUGAAGCUCAUCGCCAACCUCAACAUGCUGCUGAAGGACGAGAACGUCAACGUGGUGAAGAAAGCCAUCCUCACCAUGACCCAGCUCUACAAGGUGGCCCUCCAGUGGAUGGUGAAGUCAAAGGUGAUCAGCGAGCUGCAGGAGGCUUGCUGGGAGAUGAUGGCAGCCAUGGCCAGCGACAUCAUCCUCCUCCUUGACUCGGACAACGACGGCAUCCGCACCCAUGCCAUCAAGUUCGUGGAGGGGCUCAUCAUCACCCUCUCGCCCCGCAUGGCCGACUCCGACGUCCCCAAACGCCACGAGAACGACAUCAGCCUGGAGCGCAUCCCCAAGGACCACCCUUACAUCAAAUACAAUGUGCUGUGGGAGGAAGGCAAAGCCGCCUUGGAGCAGCUCCUCAAGUUCAUGGUGCACCCGGCCAUCUCCAGCAUCAACCUGACGGCCGCGCUGGGUUCCUUGGCCACCAUUGCCCGCCAGCGGCCCAUGUUCAUGGCCGAGGUCAUCCAAGCCUACGAGACCCUUCACGCCAACCUGCCCCCCACCUUGGCCAAGUCACAGGUGAGCAGCGUCCGGAAGAACCUGAAGCUUCACCUCCUCAGCGUCCUGCGGCACCCGUCCUCGGGGGACUUCCAGCCCCAGAUCACCACCCUCCUGGUCGACCUGGGCACCCAGCAGGCCGAGAUCGCCCGCAGCAUGCCCAGCCCCCGCGACGCCCGCAAACGGCCCCGCGACGAGCCCGACGCCGCCCUCAAGAAGAUGAAGAUUGAGCCCCCCCUGGGCGAAGACGACGAGGACAAGGACCUGGAGGCGGCGGCGGUGGCGGUGCCCAAGGCGGGCGGGCAGGGCGGCGUCCCCUCGGACACGGACAUCACGGCCGAGUUCCUGCAGCCGCUGCUCACGCCGGAGAACGUCGCCAACCUGGUGCUGAUCAGCAUGGUGUACCUGCCCGAGGCCAUGCCCGCCUCCUUCCAGGCCACCUACACCCCCGUGGAGUCGGCCGGCACGGAGGCGCAGAUCAAGCACCUCUCGCGGCUCAUGGCCACCCAGAUGACAGCGGCGGGGCUCGGCCCGGGCGUGGAGCAGACGAAGCACCUGAAGGAGGAGCCGAAGGAGGAGAAGGCGGCCAAACCCGAGAGCGUCGUCAUCAAGCGGCGGCUGUCGGCGCUGGCCCAAGGCCAGGCCAUCUCCGUGCUGGGUGCCCAAGGCUCGGCCACCAACCUGCUGGAAGAAGAAGCCCCCCAGGCCAAGCGUCGCCCUGAGCCCAUCAUCCCGGCCACGCAGCCCCGGUUGGCGGGUGCCGGCGGGCGCAAGAAGGUUUUCCGCCUGGGCGACGUCCUCAAGCCGCUGAGUGACGCGCAGAUGGAGAAGCUGAAGCUCAGCGCCGUCAAGCGCAUCCUACGCGCCGAGCGCGCUGUCGCCUGCAGCGGGGCCGCCCAGGCCCGCGUGAAGAUCUUGGCCUCGCUGGUGACGCAGUUCGAGGUGCCGCUGAAGAGCGAGGUGCUGGCCUUCGUCCUCGAUGACAUCCGCGGCCGCCUCGACUUGGCCUUCGCUUGGCUCUUCCAGGAGUACAACGUCUACUUGAGCCGCUUCCCCGCCGGCAGCCUGGAGCGCUACGACGAGUGUCUCAUCGGGCUCCUCGCCGGGCUCCAGGAGAAGCCCGACCAGAAGGACGGGGUUUUCACCAAAGUGGUACUGGAAGCGCCGCUGAUCACCGAGAGCGCACUGGAGGUCAUCCGCAAGUACUGCGAGGACGAGAGCCGGACCUACCUGGGCAUGUCCACGCUGCGUGACCUCAUCUUCAAGCGGCCGUCGCGGCAGUUCCAAUACCUCCACGUCCUCUUGGAUCUCAGCUCCCAUGAGAAGGACAAGGUACGCCAGCAGGCCCUCCUCUUCAUCAAGCGCAUGUACGAGAAGGACCAACUGCGGGAGUACGUGGAGAAGUUUGCCCUCAACUACCUCCAGCUCCUGGUGCACCCCAACCCACCCUCCGUCCUCUUCGGUGCCGACAAGGACACGGAGGUGGCGGCGCCGUGGACGGAGGAGACCAUCAAGCAGUGCCUCUACCUCUACCUGGCACUGCUGCCCCACAACCACAAGCUCAUCCACGAGUUGGCUUCCGUCUACACCGAAGCCAUCGCUGACAUCAAGCGCACCGUCCUGCGGGUCAUCGAGCAGCCGAUCCGCGGGAUGGGGAUGAACUCGCCCGAGCUGCUGCUGCUGGUGGAGAAUUGCCCCAAGGGAGCCGAGACGUUGGUGACGCGCUGCCUGCACAGCCUGACGGACAAAGUGCCCCCCUCGCCUGAGCUGGUGAAGAGGGUCCGCGACCUCUAUCACAAGCGGCUGCCAGAUGUGAGGUUCCUCAUCCCCGUCCUCAAUGGGCUGGAGAAGAAAGAGGUGAUCCAGGCGCUGCCCAAACUCAUCAAGCUCAACCCCAUCGUGGUCAAGGAGGUCUUCAACCGCCUGCUGGGGACACAACAUGGUGACGGUGCCUCGGCUGUGUCCCCGCUGAACCCAGGGGAGCUGCUCAUCGCCCUGCACAACAUCGACUCCUCCAAGUGCGACAUGAAAUCCAUCAUCAAAGCCACCAACCUGUGCUUCGCCGAGCGGAACGUCUACACGUCGGAGGUGCUGGCGGUGGUGAUGCAGCAGCUGAUGGAGCAGAGCCCGCUGCCCAUGCUGCUCAUGCGCACCGUCAUCCAGGCGCUCACCAUGUACCCCCGCCUCGGCGGCUUCGUCAUGAACAUCCUCUCCCGCCUCAUCAUGAAGCAGGUGUGGAAGUACCCCAAAGUCUGGGAGGGCUUCAUCAAGUGCUGCCAGCGCACGAAGCCUCAGUCCUUCCAGGUGGUGCUGCAGCUGCCCCCCCCGCAGCUGGCCGCCAUCUUUGAGAAAUGCCCCGAGCUGCGCGAACCCCUGCUCAGCCACGUCCGCGCCCUCACCCCCCACCAGCAAGCUCACAUCCCGCUCUCCACCAUGGCCAUCCUCGAAGCUUCUGCCCGCCAUGAGCCCGACGCCCGGGAGGGCCCCCCCGGAGAGGAGAAGCCCCCCAAGCAGCUGGGUGAGGAAGAUGCCAAAGGGAAGACGGUGCCUCCAGCCCCGGGGGGUGUCCCAGCGCUGCGCCCCCCCCCUUCUGAGGCACCCCCAGAUCUCGGGGGGGCCGACCUUGAGCCCCCCCCCAUCUUCAUCAGCGUCCCUGAGGAUGAGGAGAGCUCAGGGGGGGCUGGGUCCCCCCCUGAUGGCACCCUCGACCCCCCCACAGCCACCCCCAAGGACCCCCCUACCAGCACAGAGCCCCCCUCAGCUGAGGCCCUCCCCAGCACCCCACCCUCUUCGGAGCCCCCCCCGCCUGGCACCCAGAGCCCUGAGGUGCCCCCCGGGGGGGCCCCCGAUGCCCCCCCAGGGCCGGCAGAGGGAUGAAGGGGGGGAGAGGGAUGUGUCCCGUCCCCGCUCAGCACCCUGGGGUGCUGUGCUCAAUAAAGGUGUGGGAGCA